UAUGUAUAAAAUUUUGUUAAUGUAUUAUUGAUUGGAACUGAAGCACCAAGACGUAUGAUUAUUAUGCGCAGGUGGUGAUCAAUCCAAAUACAUAUAGAACUAUACAAAAAUCACAUGUUUUUGCGUUUUUCAUUGGGACGUCGGACGUUUAUUGGAAAACAGCAACACGAUUGCUACCAGAUAUGGCUCACGAGUAAUUAAGCACGAAAAAAACGACGACGAUGACAUUGAAUUGGCGGAAUCAUGUGGUUGCCAGUGACCAUCGCGGUUUUUUGCGCGUGAAAAAAUUGUGGUUACAAAUAUUUCUGCUCAGAAGUGGAAAAUUGCAAAUAAAAUAUGCUUGAAUGAAUUUAAAAAAUAUGAACAAGCAUCCCCCCUCGCAUGUUAUCUAUGCUUGCAGGCUUAUUUUAUUUUUAGCAGCCACUGUUAUCGCCUAAAAGCCGAUUUAAGUGCUUUUUAUCUGUAUUCUUUCGAAUAGUUUUCAACGUUUACUUUUCUGCCACAGCACACAUUGUUUAUUGAACAAUGAGGCCGCGCAGUUUAAGGCAGUCUUACGUAUUUUUUCCAUACAUACUCAUAUACGUAAGCAAACAUUGUCGCAAAAGCGCUCUUCCGCCAAUUUUCGAUCGUCAGCACGUUCUUAUUAAUUAUGCUCGACGCAGCGCCGUUUGGAUUUCAGCUUAUUUAUUUUUAUUAGCCUUCCUGUUUACAUACUGCUACAGUGAUCCGAUCUCCACAAAUUCUUCAAAGACCAUUAAAUUGGAAAAUGAGGUAUACGCCGCGACCUAAGGUCUAUUGUGCCCAAGACAAAUUUCGUGAAGAUAUCUCGUCAAACGAAAAGGCUUUCCAUACAAGCACUUGAUUCCGAUCGGUCAGUUUGUAUGUCAGCUAUAUGCUAUACCGGUCCAAAGUCAGCGGUUUCAAGUGGUAAAAUGUCGAAGUGAUGCGAAAAUAGAAACAACACACAAUGCCACAAUGCUACUAUUGUCAUACUUGUGCAUGUUGCAUGGUCAUUUAUUCGAGUACAAUCAAAUUAUUGUGCUGUGCUUUGCUUUGAUUAACCCAUUGAGGGCAAAAGCAAAAUGAAAACUUAUUCACAAAACUAUUAAUUUUUAUAGAGCUAUUUAUUUACGCGCCUGCAGAAAAGAGCUGUGACAUACGAAAUUUAUAAAAGGUAUAGGGUGCUGCGGUGUGGGUCGGCAAAAUUAUUUGCCAUACUUUCAUUAAGGCUUAGCUCGCUCUGUAACUAUUUGUAUAGCACUAAAAAGACGUUUGAAAUUAGGCUUAAAGUGUUUUUUUUUCUCAAGACGUUCUGAGAGAAGCGCUGUUACCGGCUUAAGCUUCAAUAUUUCUGCAUGAAAAAAAUAUCCCUAUUGUCAAGAGUGUGCUCAAUAAUGUACAAAAGUCCCGAAUAAAAUUACUCAAUUCAUAUUUAAGAAAUAAAUUCGCAAAAAAAGUAAUUUUUUUGACCAUGAAAGCCUUACUUCCACUUAAGGCAAAGGUUCUCUUUCAACUAAAAAUGAUAAAUCAUCUCGACAAACAUUAAGAUCGAUCAAAGAAAUAUCGAGAGACCAAUGUGCAAAGUGUUUUAGCAAAUAAUUUCAUACAGAUUUUUUCUCGUAAUUCAGAAAAAACGACAAUGAACGAAUGCAAACAGCCUAAAACAAAGAUUCGCCAAAUAAUUUUAUUACCAUAAAAAUGAAAAUUAAAUUGCUAAAAGACACGAUAAAGGGAUAAUUAAGAAAAGACAUUAAACAUUUGAAGUGUAAAACGUUGGAUAAUUUUCAAAUAAAAGCGAAUAACGCGCAAAAAAGGCGCACCAUCCUAGCAACUAGCAAAGAACGCACAAUUUUCGCAUCAGCAGCCCACGCACCUCUCCUUCGCCCACAAGUUCCCACUCCCAAAACCAAAUUUAACUAACUCGUAACUGUAUUUAAAACACAAUGAUCAAAUUGAAAUCGUUGUUCCGCAGAGGGCAAGGACCCUCGGGCUCCUCGAAGCAUUCCUCCUCCAACAGCCGUCACAAAUCGCAGUCCACCACAUCGCUGAACACGGUCGGCAGCAGCAGUCAGGAGCCCGCCGCACCGACGGCCGUCGCAGCCGCCAACACAGCCACAUUUUAUCCGCCCAUCGAUCCGCUCACAGAACGCGGCGUCGACGUAGGUGACGGUGAUUUGAAUAUCAUUACCCCACUAGCAGCGCGCACGCGCAGUCGCACACCGGAGGCGCUGCACCACGCCAACAAUAAUAGCAACGCGGCGCAGCUGAGUGGCGCCAACAACGCCAAUACUUUGCCGCACAAGAAGCCAAAGGUCGCCGGCACCGGCAAAAAGGGUCAGAAGCAGCCAAAGCAAUUGCCAACGACAGCGACAGCGCAGCCACAAGCGCCGCCAGCACGUGCUGAAGUCGUAGUUGCUGCCGCACCAGUUGGCAAUGUAAUGACGACAAUAGCCGCUGCACCGGGAAGUCACAAUUCCGCGGUUAAUACAGCUGCAGCAGCAGCCGCCGCCGCCGCUGCCGCGGCAGCAACCAAUAACAAUUACACCACCGGCGGCGAAUUGAUUAGCGCGUCCAUUGGGCAAGUGGCGCUGCCGACGCCAGCCGAAGCGGGCAUAGAUUUGUACAAGUUGAAUGCGGCCAAUUAUCAGCAAUUCAUUAACAACGAGCAACUAUUACAACAGCAACAACAACAUCAACAACAAUUGUUAGAGGCUAACAACAAAAUGCAGGAUCUGCAGGCGCAGCUCGAGCGCCUGGGUCACGAAAAAUCAUUACUGGAAGCGCGCAUUGCCGAACUGCUGCCGUAUCAGGCCGAAGUGGGUAAAUUGAAGGCGGAGCUGCUCAAGAUGCAGAGCCAGCACGAGAAAAGUCAAUUGGAGGUGACAAAUCUCAAGUACGAGAAUGAAUCGUUGCGCAAUCGUUUGCGUGAUGUUGUCAACUCACCAUUAUCAGACGCCGAGAAACACCAAAUCAUACAAGACUCGCAGCGAUUGCAUAGUUCGGCGCCGGCCUCAAUUGCGCUGCCAAGUACUACCGACAAUGACGUGGGCACACCCUGUCUCACGCCCGAUUGGGACAAGCACUCCUCAUCAAGCGAAAUUUCCGUCGCCUGCCUGCAAGAUAAGAUCAUACAAAUGGAGGAGACGCACUAUUCGACCAAUGAAGAACUGCAGGCCACACUUCAAGAGCUAGCCGAUUUGCAGGCCCAGUUGAGUGAUGCACAGGCGGAGAACGAACGUUUAGCCGAAGAGAAGGAUGUGCUCUUUCAGACACUGUGUCGCCAAACUGAGAAACUGAAUGAUUCGCGCACACAAAUCAACACGCUACGCACCGAAAUCAGCUCCUCUGAACGCGAACGUAAGCUACUCGAUCUGAUUAAGACAUCACAGGAAGAACGCGAAGCGAUACUCGUCAAGCAGGAGGAGCUCAAUGCCGAAUUGCAGGAGUUACGGCAACAGCUGGAGGCCGCCCUGGCGGAUUGUACACGUACGCGCGAACGCAAUGCGCUGCUGGACUCCACCGUCGAUGCGGCGAACGCCGAACGCAAACAAAUUGAAGCGCAGCUUACACAGGCCAAAGAGGAGAUCUCACAGCGCAGCAUCGAGAUAAAUCGCCUGAGCACGCUGCUGGAGAAUGCACGCUCAAAAAUCGAAGAACUGGAGCAAGAUUUGGCGCGUGGUGAAAAAACCGAUCUUACCGAUUUAUUGGACGCGGCGCGCAAAGAGAAGGAUACGUUGGAGGAGCGCGUGGCCGAGUUGCAGGAUCAGUAUUCACGCAGUCAGGCGGAAAUUCGACGAAUCAAAGAACAGCUGUCCGGCGUGACUGAGGAGUGCAAGGUCGCAAAGAAUAAUGCCAAGUGUGCCGUCUCACAUCUGGAAUAUCGGCUGGAGCAGUUGCAACAGGAGAAGGACAAGUUGAGCGGCGAGCAUCAGCAGCUAGUCGAUAGCACCAACGAAUUGCAGGUGCAAUGCAAAUGUCACUUGGAGGACAAGCAACAGUUACAAAACCUACUCAGCGAGACGCAGAAGCAUUUGGGCGAUGUGGAGGGCAAACUGAAUGCGACCGAAAAACAGCUCGAGGAGGAAGUGAAGCUGCGCAAACAGGAGGCAGAGGAAUGGCAACAGUUCCAGUCGGACUUGCUGAUGACGGUGCGGGUGGCCAAUGAUUUUAAGACUGAAGCGUUGAGUGCGCGCGAACAGCUGGUGCUCGACAACAAAACGCAAAAGGAGAAGAUACGACUGCUGGAGCAGCAAAUUGAGAAGCUGACAAAACAACAAAUGCAACAGAAUGAAACGCAGCAAUCGGUGCUGACCACUGUCCAACAAGAAAUGGCUUCGCGGCGCAGUAAAAUCGGCAGCAGUCUGAAUCGGCAAGACUCGCGGCUGUCGGUGAAGACGCUUAUCGAGAGCAUUGAAAACAAUAAGCCCAAAGUUGAGGAAACUGAGUCACAUUACAGUUCCACAUCUAGCUUAAAUAGCGCUACACCGGAGAUAACGGGCAAUCUACUGCCACCGGUCAUUGGCAAUAACGCAACGAAUAACGACUGGACUGAGAAUGUGCGUCUACAAACUACAACAACCAUUAACAGCAGUAGCAUUAACAGCAUUACAAACAGCAAUACCGCCAACAAUAUACCUGCCAAAGGACCGCUGCGCGAACAGCAACAACAAACGCCGGCAACAACAACACAAACUAGCUUAGUCUCGAAUCUGCAUCACUUUAGUGGCCUCAACAGUGUAUCGAGCAAAUCGCUACUAAGUGGCGAACGCAAGGAUCCCUUGAAUAUGUUGGCGAAAAACGGCGGUUCGAAACGCAAUGCGCUGCUGAAAUGGUGUCAAAACAAAACCGUCGGCUAUCGCAAUAUUGACAUAACGAAUUUCAGUUCGUCCUGGAAUGACGGUUUAGCGCUCUGUGCAAUACUACAUUCCUAUCUGCCCGAUCGUAUACCCUACGACACGCUCAAUCCGACCAACAAGCGACGGAACUUCUCCCUGGCGUUUGCGGCGGCCGAGUCUGUGGGCAUACAAACGACCUUGAAUAUAAACGACAUGUGUCAGCUCGAGCGGCCCGACUGGACCCAGGUGAUGUCCUACGUAACGGCAAUUUACAAACAUUUCGAAACGUAGACACGAGCGCCAUGACAAACACGCACAUGCGCACUUGUGCACAAUGUUGUGAGCUAAGUUGGGCAGCAACAAAUGCUUAUAUUUGUACUUUCCUGCUGUGUGUUGUUAGGGCGGUAUGCGCGGAUGGCAAUGUAGUGAGCGUGAAUGAAAAUGGGAAAAACUAAGACUUAACGCAGUAUGCUGUAUACUUGAUAGACACAUUAUUUAGUGGCAAUGGCGUAAUACAUACACACUUUAUUAUCACACUCUUGUUCCAUAGUGUUUUUUUUUCGCAUUAUUAUUAUUAUUGUAAUUUACACAUAUUUAAUUUAUUGAAUAAAA